UUGCCAUGUCGUCGUCGUCGUGCGGCGGUAGCCCUGUGUGUCGCUAUCCGCUGAUGAUCGUGACAUUCUCAGAAAGGAACUGGUCCAGCUCCCUUGGACACACGAGGCGCUCGCUAGCAUGCUUGAUUGUUUCGCCCUUGCCGCGACCAUAUGCAAACCAACUCUGUUCAUCGUUCUGCUGCCCUUAAAGCCGCCCUCCUGCGCGAUGCGCUGGACAGAGCGCCUUGAACCACGAUCCCAGGUCCGUUGGUGGUACUGCUCACGACGUCGACAACAUGGCAGCAAUGGAAAGUUCACACGACCGCGACAACAAAUGCCACCCGUCAUUCUGCUCCGCCGACUCAGACGUUGUGCUGUGCUCCAAAGACAACGUCCUGUUCCGCGUCCACUCGCUCACCCUCAAGACCACCUCGGGAUGGUUCAACACCAUGUUCAGCCUGCCGCGGGAGUCGGACGGAUUCUCUGACGUGCUGCACCUCGACGAAGACGCGGACGUCCUGACCGGGCUCCUGAAGAUGGUGAGCGGCAUGGAGCUGCCCGAGAUGGGCUCACUCGACGUCGUAGAAUCCAUCCUCCUCGCCGCCGAGAAGUACGACAUGCCAGGGCCGGUAUCCAUCAUACGCAGCACGAUCGCCCACCAUCUCACGGAUGCGAACGCCCUGCGCAUCUACCGCCUCGCGUGCUCGCGGUUCUGGAAAAAAGAAGCGCAACUCGCGUCGUCGUACACGCUCACGCUCGACUUGUGCUCGCCCGCCGCGAUGGCGGAGGUCUCCCGUAUGGACGGACCCGCCAUCGCGAAGCUGUUCUUGCUGCAUCGGCGGAGAAGGGACGCGCUGAAGGACGCGCUGGACGACCCGGCCUACUUCAGUGCGAACGACUUCCCGAUCUGUGAUGCCUGCGAGAGGCAUCUUGAUCACGUCCAGUGGAUUUCGUUGAAGUAUGCCUGGCUAUCUCGGUCAGAAGAGGCGCCGUUCGGCCGCACGACCAGUGUUGCACAGCUGCAUGCACCCGAGGUGCUCGCGGUGGUGGCGGCCACCUGCCCAAGCUGCCAGAAGCAGAUGUACAUGCCAGCGGUGACGUUGCGGAACUUGCAGAGGGUGGUUGAGAGUCUCCCCCAAUCCAUCGAGUUCGCCUGACGUAAAAUGUGGUCGAUAUAAUACACUACGCGCGAUACUGGCGGGCAAGUGGUCUGGCUGCACGUUCAUGAUAAUGAAAUGCUCGGAGAGGAAAUUGUAUAUAAUCUGCUAAUACGAUAACCAUGUUUGUCUUCAAGAGGUCUUCCCGCAUCGUGGGUGAGCGCCGA